AUGGGCCAAGGGUUCUCUCUCGCUACGCCGUCGGCUGGCGCGGCAGGCAUAGAUAUUGCGCAGCUGCAGGACAUUCAGUACGAAAAAGGUAUAGGAAAUGCACGCUUCAUGAAGAGCAUCCGGGGGAGACAUGAGCACGGCGUGGUGCUGGUCAAGGUGCUAGUGAAGCCCUACCCGGAGGCGUUGGCGGGCGUUCCCAAUGCAUUAGGCUUCCAGCGCAUCAUCGAGACGGAGACGAACGGAUAUCUGGUGCGACAGUUUAUGUACAACUCGCUCUAUGACCGCAUGAGCACGCGGCCAUUUCUGGAGGACAUCGAGAAGAAGUGGCUGGCGUUCCAGCUUCUCUGUGCCCUGCGAGACUGCCACGCGCGCGACGUCUACCACGGCGACAUCAAGGCCCAGAAUGUGCUCGUCACGUCGUGGAACUGGCUGUACUUGACCGACUUUUCAUCCGCCUACAAGCCCAUCAUGCUCCCGGACGACAACCCCGGCGACUUUUCCUAUUUUUUCGACUCGUCAGGCCGGCGGACGUGCUACAUUGCGCCUGAGCGCUUCUACUCAUCCAGCGAGCCCCCGCCGCAGAAGCCCAAGAUGACAUGGGCCAUGGACGUCUUCAGCGCAGGAUGUGUUAUAGCCCAGCUGUUUCUCGAGUCGGAAAUCUUCAGCCUCGCCCAGCUGUACAAGUACCGGCGCGGCGAGUAUGACCCCGUCAUUACUCACCUGAGCGUAAUCUCGGACAAGGACGUGCGCGACAUGAUUGCCCACAUGAUCCAGCUUGAUCCCGAGAGGCGGUAUUCGGCUGAGCAAUAUCUCGACUUUUGGAAAGAUAAAGUCUUCCCCAGCUAUUUCUACAACUUCCUGCACCAGUACAUGGAGCUGAUUACGGAUCCGUCGUCGGGGAAUAGCCCAAUGUCGGGUGCUGAGAAGAACUUGGGCGAGUCGGAUAACCGCAUCGACAGGAUCUACAAUGACUUUGACAAGAUUUCAUACUUCUUGGGCUAUCAAGCCGAGAAGCAGACAUCAGGGCCGAUAAUGCCCAAGUCGAGGCUGGGGUUGGACCAUUUCCCGGUGAGGUUGAGUAUCCCGACUCACGAACACGCUGUCUCUGCGGAUCUCGAGCCGCCCGAGGACGACGGAACGCUCAUCUUCCUGACGUUGGUAGUCUCGGCUAUGAGGACGACGGCCCGGGCUGCGUCUAGAAUCAGGGCGUGCGAUUUGCUGUUGGCGUUUGCAGAAAGGCUGACCGACGAGGCCAAACUGGACAGAGUACUGCCGUAUCUGAUGACGCUCUUGCGUAAAGAGGAGACGGACAUGGUGCUCGUGACUGUAAUACGAGCCGUCACUCAGCUGCUGCAGCUGGUACGGAUGACCACGCCGAUAAAUUCGCACGUUCUGGUUGAAUAUGUCCUGCCCCGGAUGGAGAUUGCUCUCGGAACAAAGUCGUGGACGCCCAACUCUCUGGUACGGGCGACCUAUGCGUCCUGUAUAGGUAGCCUCGCUUCUACUGCUCAGCGUUUUCUGGAAAUGGCAUCAAGCCUUAGGGCGGACGGAUCAAUGCCGAUUACCGACCCGGAGGUAGAGCCUGGAACUGAUGGCGCUGCUGCCAACUUUGAGAGCAUGUUCGAUAAUGCAAACAGACAGCUUUUUGAGAUUCUUGAGAGCCAUACGAAGCAGCUCGUCGAGGACCCGGAUGUCCAUGUUCGACGAGCAUUCCUGACAUCGGUGCCGGAACUCUGCAUGUAUUUCCAGGAUAAUUCUAAUGACAUCCUGCUUACGCACUUAAUCACCUAUCUGAACGACAGGGACUGGAUGCUGAAGAGUGCCUUCCUAGACACCAUUGUGGGCAUUGCAACUUUCAUAGGAAGCACCAGCCUCGAAGAAUUCAUACUACCUCUCAUGGUUCAGGCUUUGGCGGAUCCGGAGGAGAGUGUGGUGCGGUCAGCUUUGCAUUCGCUAGCUCAACUUGCAGGCCUGGGACUACUGUCCAGGUCAAAGAUCUGGGAACUGGCAGACUUGAUAGGGCGGCUCACCAUGCACCCAAACAUGUGGAUCAGAGAAUCUGCAGCAGAGUUCCUAUCCAUGGCUGCCAAGUUCUUAUCCCAGGCCGAUGUGCAGUGCAUAUUGCUGCCGAUGGUUAGGCCAUAUCUCAAGAUAGAGUCCCUUACCGACUUUUCUGAGCUAAAUCUUCUUGACUCCUUGAAGAAGCCUCUUCCCCGGCAAGUCUUUGAUCAGGCGUUGACUUGGGCUGCCAAGACGGAUAGGGGGGUGUUCUGGAAGUCAGUCUUGGGAAAACGGAUGUUAUCGAACCAAGUGGCGCUGGCCUCGGCGGCUCGAACAUCCAAGGAGUUGAUGCCUUCUUCCACGAGCAAAAUUAGCCGCAAUGAAGAGGAUGAGCAAUGGCUCGAGAAACUAAGGAAUUUUGGACUGAGGGCCGAAGAUGAGAUGAAAUUUCUGGCCUUGUGUGAAUAUAUAUGGCGGCUUAGCAAGAGCAAGACGCGAGACACUGGCGUCGUCACGCCCACCGCUGAAGAUGAGAUUAUGCCUACGGGAUUUGUUCAGCUGAAGGAGUUGGGUGUGUCUAUUCAGACGGUGUUUUUCGACGAAGGCCCCCUAAAGGACCCCUCUGCCGCUCUGCCGGACCUGGAGCCCACACCCCCCAUAGCCGGGCCAUAUACGAUCGCGGAUGCGUUAUUGGACGCUUCCAUGACGAUAGACGAUACAGUCGGUAAGAAGAAGCGUCUCCAUUCUCAUAAGAGGGUACACAGCAUAGGCCCUUUGCCUUCUCGCAGCACGGGACGCCUGUUGUCUCCUACUGGGAGCGGAAGGGCUAGCUCUACCGAUUCUCGGAUGGCACUGAAUUCUCCUCUCGGGCCCGGAGAUGAUUCCGUGUCUAUCAAGGACGGAUCAUAUUCUUCUCGCAGAGGCAUCCGGCACCAGUCAAGUGCCCUCAGCCUCUUGGAUCGCAAGGACGGCCACAAGUCUAUCCCAGAGACUGGGACCAGCGAUACCAAUGCCUUUGGGCAGGUGGAAGGGCCUUUUACCCAGACGGCGCCGGUGAAAGCCAUUUCUCGGCCGAGCACAGAAGGCGGCGAAGCUUCCCGUCUGAGGCAGGUGAGGCAUAGCUACGAAGGAACAGAUCCCCAUGUUCGACGAAUGCUCGAUAAUAUGUACGUCGAAAACUUCCCUCGCGACGUGCUAGAAUUUGGACCAAUGGUCCAGCCCAUCUCUGGGGAUAAGAGUAGAUCGGUCAACGUCCCGGGCGCGGAUCCUCCCUGGAAGCCCGACGGGCAUCUCGUGGCGACGUUUGCGGAGCACCGCGGACCCAUUAACCGUGUCAUUCCAUCUCCGGAUCACAUCUUCUUCAUCACGGGCGGCAACGACGGUACGGUAAAGGUGUGGGAUACGCAGCGGCUUGAGCGCAACAUCACGAACCGGUCUCGGCAGACUUACAAACAUGGCGAAGGUGCUCGCGUCGUUGCCCUCUGCUUCGUUGAAAACUCACACUGCUUCGUCAGCUGUGCGUCCGAUGGCAGUGUUCACGUAGUCAAGGUUGACACGGUUCCCACUAGUGGUGUUAUUAGAUAUACCAAGCUGCGGGUGUUGCGGGAAUACCAGCUACCGGAAGGCGAAUAUGCAGUGUGGUGUGAGCAUUUUAAGCAAGAACAAAGCUCCAUUCUUGUGCUCGCCACCAAUCUAUCGAGGAUCCUCGCCAUGGAUUUGAGAACCAUGACUUUGCUCUACGUGCUGGAAAACCCAGUCCAUCACGGAACGCCAACGUGUUUUUGUGUUGACAAGAAGAGAAACUGGCUGUGCGUGGGGACUUCCCAUGGAGUUGUCGACCUAUGGGAUCUCCGAUUCAAGAUGAGGCUCAAGGGAUGGGGUGUGCCCGGGAAGGGAUCUAUUUAUCGGAUUUGCGUGCAUCCCAACAAGGGCAGAGGCAAAUGGAUUUGUGUCGCUGGAGGAACUGGCCAAGGCGAGGUUACGGUCUGGGACCUGGAAAAGACGACCUGCAGAGAGAUUUACCGAACUGGUGGCAAUAAGGAUGGCCAGAAGGGAUACACUGCGUGGGAAGUCGAUGAAGAUAAGCCUGAAGGAAUGCUUGGUCGCUUCGCCACAAAUCUUGAGAUGAGCGACAUGGGAAACGCAGAUCGAGGGGUACGGGCAAUGGUUGUGGGCACAGGAACGUCGGAGGACUCUCGCGAGGUCCGCCAUGCGUACAUGCUCACGGCAGGGUCCGAUAAACGACUCAGAUUCUGGGACAUUUCUCGAAUCGAAAACUCUUGCAUCUACAGCGGUCUCCAGCCCGACGAAGUUCCGCCCACAUAUGCGAGCACGCAUCCGACGACAUCGAUGACGCUCAACACGGAGCGGUUCGCAAGGCAUGCGGCGUCUGCGCCUAAUGCGGGGACCGGAUCUAGGCAGAAGGCCCCCAGGUCGACGGUGAUUUCCAUGCAACAGCAGCAGUUGUUAAAGUCGCACCUAGAUUUGAUCAUGGAUGUGGCGAUUCUGGAGUAUCCGUAUUCGAUGAGCGUGUCUGUGGAUCGAUCUGGCGUGGUUUAUGUGUUUCAAUAGAAGAUUUUUUUUUUGAUUUUAUUGUUUAGAUAGCGGAAGCUCUUGUUCGAGCUUGGGUUUGGGCUAUGGCAAAAGGAGGGAAAUGGAUUGAUUGGAGUUGCAUCUUUUAGAUGGGUAGAGCUACCUCCGUGUAUUUUAUACGUUCUCUGCAUGAGGCGAGGCAUGGGUGUUGUGUGGGCUAUACCUGCAGCGUUUUGGGGCAGAUAAGCGGCUGAUGAUCAACAAUUAUGAUUGAUUAUGCU